GGCCCGCCCGCCCGCCCGCACACGCCGCGGCACUCGGCGGCGAGCGGCGGCGCAGCCAUGUGCCCCUGCGCGCUGCACGGCGGCCCCCCCGCGCCCUGCCCCUGCAGCCCCGGCCGCGCCGCACGGCCCUCGGCCGCCGCCCGCCUGGUCGCCGCCCGCCUGCGCCGCCUGGGCGAUGAGCUGGAGCAGCGGGCGGCGCGGCGCAAGGCGCGGGGCCGGGGCCACGGGGCCGCCCGCCGCUUGGCCGCCGUGGUGUGCCUGCUGUGCGCCCUGCCGCCCGCGGCCGCGCUGGCCUGGCUGAUCCGCAGGAGGAGCCUCUAGGAGAGACGGGCGCUGGCCGGAGCGGGGAGCAGGCGGGACGCGCAACAGGCUGAAGAAAACCCUGUGCCCUUGGAGAAAAUUGUGUCCCCUUUUCCUCCAGGGAAUCCAGAGCCCGAGCAGCAGCUGUGAAGAGUGGAGAGAAAGAAAGAAGUGGAAGAUGUUGGAAGUGCUUUGGGCAACGUGAAGAAGGAUUUGCACGGAAGGAGCUGUUCAAGGGCCCAGCAGCAAACCAGAGACACAUACAUGCUUAUAUAUAGAAGAAUGUAAACCCUCCUGUAUGCAUACGUUAAAACGUGCAUGCCUUGUUGAGAACGUAAGCAACAUUCCUUGUAGAUGAUGGUGGUCUGAGCAUUCGUGCUCCUGCAGUCUGAGUCAAAAGAUUAGUGAUGUCCUCGCUGUGCCGUUAGCGUGUUCUCCACUGCACCUUGUUUAUGGCAACAUAAACAUGCCUUUCAGUGCAGCAGGAUGAAAAGUAAUCUGUCCAUCCGGAGUUAAGUAAUGUAUUGAGAGACCAAACUCGCUGCAAAAUGGGCACGUCCCAGGCCGGGUGGUGGGGGAACAGGUGCUUGGCAGCUUGGACAACAGCCAGUUUGUGUGUGUAUAUAUUAAGCGCUAUAGCACCAGGUGAGAGAAGCUGUUCUUAUGACUUUAGUUUGUCUGGUGCUACAU